AUUAUUUGAUGCUAAACAUGCCCAAGCAAGUGAAUACAAAAAUGAAUUCUAUGCUGAUGGUGGCAAACUUUUUUGUCAUGUUUGUAAAAUUACUAUUGAUCAUACCUGCAAGUUAAUUAUUGAUAACCAUCGUAUAUCAAAAAAACACCAAUCAAAUUUAAAACUUAAAAACACUACUUCACAAAAAUCACAUCAAAUUACUAUUACCUCAUGUCAUAAAGUAUUAAGUGAACAUAAACAAAUUAAUGUUGACUUAAUAAAUACUUUAACUGCAGCUAACAUUCCAUUAGAAAAAGUAGAAAAACUAAAGACUUUGUUUUUAAAUAAAUACUAUCCAAAUUUACCUCCUAUUGAAAAUCCAAUUGAUUUAGAAAAUUUAAAUAUACCAAAUACUAUUCGUUCUAUUCUUCCACCUCUUUCGAUUAAAACUAGAUGGAAUACUUGGUUCUGA